AUGCGCAUCGACUGCGUCGGACUCUUGAUUGCCGCUGCUAUCUUGGCAGGUCCAAGUUUCUCGGAGAUAUCCGGUUCCAACUUGGUGCGGUUUCACACCGGUCACUCUACUACCGAUGACAAAAGUGGCAUCCCUGGUAAUCGGGUGCUGCAAACGACCGGCGCCAUGAAUGGGGAAGAGAGGGCGCCGGGAUCAAGUGGGAUAACGUCGUUUAUGAAAACUAUUGAGAGGGAAAUCCCAGUGCUACUCAGUGCGAACUCACAUGCCGUAUCUGGCAGCACGUUCACUGAACAAGUUCGGGCUGGGCUACAACAUCUGGAUGACGGUAUUGUAUCGCUCUAUGCCGAAGGUCUAAAAGGGAAUCAUGUACUGUGUCGAAUGGUGGCGAAGAUGCUUUCUAGCGGACCGGGCGGAGUGCGCAUGGUGGAAGGGCUGAUUCAAGCCUUCGGCAGGAAGCAAGCAGCCGAAUUGUUAGAGAAGGCAGCAAAAGGGCUGGUUGUUCCUGAAAGAGCUGAUCAACAUAUGCUCAUUAGGCAAGCAAUCACGGAUCCUCAAAUAGCAUACCCUGGACCUUUGUAUAUGCUGAAGAAUUCCGUCAAGGCGUGGAACGCGGAGCAUUCGGAACAUCUUACGAUGCUUCAAUUUCUGUUGCAAGCCUAUGGUGAUGUAGCCGAACUGGCGCUCGAUUUGUCGCUUGCGACGAAGAUUAAUCCCGACGAUGGCCUAGCAAAGCAGUUGCAGAAUGAGAUAUUGAUGGCCUGGCUGGACAAAAAACAGUCCAUCGAUUACGUCUAUGCUAUGUUGGAGCAGCCCGAAUCUGGUGUGACGGGGGUGAAGUUUGAGAACAUGGACAUGUUGCACCAAUACAUUGAAUUACACAACGAGAAAUAUCGCGGCAACGUAGAUAUAGUCACAUAUCUACGACGGAAGUCGCUCGGCGACAUCGAAAUCGCCCAGAUGAUAUGGGAUGCAAGGAAAAGGUCCCUGUACUUCAUCGAGAUGUUAAAACAUCUUAUUCGGCAGUGGCAGAUUGACAGUCAUUCACCCAUAAGUAUUGCUGGCAAGUUGCUUGAGGCAGGAAUCGAUGAGUCUAUGGUACUUUUGAUACUAGUAUCCGUCUGUCAUGGCGUCUCACAUCUCGCGCGCGCAUUGUCGGUGGCUAAGAUGGAUCCAGCAACAAAACUUACGGCGAAGCGGUUGCAAACAAAGAUGAUAAUGACCUGGCUGCCCCGUGAUCAACCCUUUGCUGCUGUCUACGGCAUCCUGAAGCCGCGCGAGUCGAGUACGACAGGCAUCGUCUUCCAAAACUUGGACACGCUGGUCGAAUACGCUGCAGCGCACAACGCAGUACCUUCUAACACCAAGAUCGACGUAUUUGCGUUUCUACGAGAGAAACAUUUUGAUGACGUCGAACUCGUGCGGAUGAUACUGGAUUUGAGGACAAUGUCCCCCAACAACGCUGUUACAAUUCUGGAACGUCUUUUUGAGCAAUGGCGGAUCGAGCACACAUUGCCCAUAGAUAUCGCCCACCAGUUCUUAGCGGCUGGAUUUGACGAGACCACGGUGCUGUCGUUGCUGGAGAAAUUCUGUGGCAGCAUAUCUAGCCUUGCGCGCGCUCUGUCGGUAGCGAAGAUUGAUCCCGCCACAAAGCAUACGGUAGAUGUUAUGCAGAGUCAGCUGAUGUUGACCUGGCUGCCCCGUGAUCAACCCUUUGCUGCUGUCUACGACAUCCUGAAGCCGCCCGAGUCGAGUACGACAGGUCUCGUCUUCCAAAACUUGGACACGCUGGUCGAAUACGCUGCAGCGCACAACGCAGUGCCUUCUAACACCAAGAUCGACGUAUUUGCGUUUCUACGAGAGAAACAUUUUGAUGACGUCGAACUCGUGCGGAUGAUACUGGAUUUGUGGACAAUGUCCCCCAACAACGCUGUUACAAGUUUGGAACAUCUUGUUCGGUUAUGGCAGGCCGAACGAAAAUCGGCCAUAGAUAUCGCCCACCAGUUCUUAGCGGCUGGAUUUGACGAGACCACGGUGCUGUCGUUGCUGGAGAAAUUCUGUGGCAGCAUAUCUAGCCUUGCGCGCGUUCUGUCGGCAGCGAAGAUUGAUCCUGCCACAAAGCAUACGGUAGAUGUUAUGCAGAGUCAGCUGAUGUUGACCUGGUUGAUCGAAGGUCAUACCAUUGAUAUCGUCUACAACAUCCUGAAGCCGUCCGAGUUGAGUACGACAGGUCUCGUCUUCGAAAACUUGGACACGCUGGUCGAAUACGCUGCAGCGCACAACGCAGUGCCUUCUAACACCAAGAUCGACGUAUUUGCGUUUCUACGAGAGAAACAUUUUGAUGACGUCGAACUCGUGCGGAUGAUACUGGAUUUGAGGACAAUGUCCCCCAACAACGCUGUUACAAUUCUGGAACGUCUUUUUGAGCAAUGGCGGAUCGAGCACACAUUGCCCAUAGAUAUCGCCCACCAGUUCUUAGCGGCUGGAUUUGACGAGACCACGGUGCUGUCGUUGCUGGAGAAAUUCUGUGGCAGCAUAUCUAGCCUUGCGCGCGCUCUGUCGGUAGCGAAGAUUGAUCCCGCCACAAAGCAUACGGUAGAUGUUAUGCAGAGUCAGCUGAUGUUGACCUGGCUGCCCCGUGAUCAACCCUUUGCUGCUGUCUACGACAUCCUGAAGCCGCCCGAGUCGAGUACGACAGGUCUCGUCUUCCAAAACUUGGACACGCUGGUCGAAUACGCUGCAGCGCACAACGCAGUGCCUUCUAACACCAAGAUCGACGUAUUUGCGUUUCUACGAGAGAAACAUUUUGAUGACGUCGAACUCGUGCGGAUGAUACUGGAUUUGUGGACAAUGUCCCCCAACAACGCUGUUACAAGUUUGGAACAUCUUGUUCGGUUAUGGCAGGCCGAACGAAAAUCGGCCAUAGAUAUCGCCCACCAGUUCUUAGCGGCUGGAUUUGACGAGACCACGGUGCUGUCGUUGCUGGAGAAAUUCUGUGGCAGCAUAUCUAGCCUUGCGCGCGUUCUGUCGGCAGCGAAGAUUGAUCCUGCCACAAAGCAUACGGUAGAUGUUAUGCAGAGUCAGCUGAUGUUGACCUGGUUGAUCGAAGGUCAUACCAUUGAUAUCGUCUACAACAUCCUGAAGCCGUCCGAGUUGAGUACGACAGGUCUCGUCUUCGAAAACUUGGACACGCUGGUCGAAUACGCUGCAGCGCACAACGCAGUGCCUUCUAACACCAAGAUCGACGUAUUUGCGUUUCUACGAGAGAAACAUUUUGAUGACGUCGAACUCGUGCGGAUGAUACUGGAUUUGAGGACAAUGUCCCCCAACAACGCUGUUACAAUUCUGGAACGUCUUUUUGAGCAAUGGCGGAUCGAGCACACAUUGCCCAUAGAUAUCGCCCACCAGUUCUUAGCGGCUGGAUUUGACGAGACCACGGUGCUGUCGUUGCUGGAGAAAUUCUGUGGCAGCAUAUCUAGCCUUGCGCGCGCUCUGUCGGUAGCGAAGAUUGAUCCCGCCACAAAGCAUACGGUAGAUGUUAUGCAGAGUCAGCUGAUGUUGACCUGGCUGCCCCGUGAUCAACCCUUUGCUGCUGUCUACGACAUCCUGAAGCCGCCCGAGUCGAGUACGACAGGUCUCGUCUUCCAAAACUUGGACACGCUGGUCGAAUACGCUGCAGCGCACAACGCAGUGCCUUCUAACACCAAGAUCGACGUAUUUGCGUUUCUACGAGAGAAACAUUUUGAUGACGUCGAACUCGUGCGGAUGAUACUGGAUUUGUGGACAAUGUCCCCCAACAACGCUGUUACAAGUUUGGAACAUCUUGUUCGGUUAUGGCAGGCCGAACGAAAAUCGGCCAUAGAUAUCGCCCACCAGUUCUUAGCGGCUGGAUUUGACGAGACCACGGUGCUGUCGUUGCUGGAGAAAUUCUGUGGCAGCAUAUCUAGCCUUGCGCGCGUUCUGUCGGCAGCGAAGAUUGAUCCUGCCACAAAGCAUACGGUAGAUGUUAUGCAGAGUCAGCUGAUGUUGACCUGGUUGAUCGAAGGUCAUACCAUUGAUAUCGUCUACAACAUCCUGAAGCCGUCCGAGUUGAGUACGACAGGUCUCGUCUUCGAAAACUUGGACACGCUGGUCGAAUACGCUGCAGCGCACAACGCAGUGCCUUCUAACACCAAGAUCGACGUAUUUGCGUUUCUACGAGAGAAACAUUUUGAUGACGUCGAACUCGUGCGGAUGAUACUGGAUUUGAGGACAAUGUCCCCCAACAACGCUGUUACAAGUUUGGAACAUCUUGUUCGGUUAUGGCAGGCCGAACGAAAAUCGGCCAUAGAUAUCGCCCACCAGUUCUUAGCGGCUGGGUAUGAUGAGUCCACGGUGCACUCGGUGCUGUCGCAAGUGUACGGUAUUGUGGCUGGCCAACAUCGCGCGCACCAGCAGCUAAGAUAG